CUUCAGUCUAAAAAUUUACUGCUAGGGAAAUGGCGGCUGUCAACCCUCUAGAUGAUAUUCUUAAUAGUUCUGUAGAUGAACUGGCAAUUAAUGCCUUAGUUGGCAAUUUAGAAGCACGUCUAGCUUCCCCAUCCAAUAAGGAUGUGUCUAAUUCUUUAUCAGAUGCCUCAGUCAAUAACAAUCACAUUGGCACAACAAGGUCUUCAACACCACAAAAUAGUGGUUCAGUGUUCAACACGGCUACAGGAGUAGGUGCCAAUGGACAAGCUGUAUCAGCUCACAAAAACUUCACAAAUUCUCAUAAUUUAAAUGUUCAGUCUCCCUCCUCUAAAACAGACUCACAGUUGAUUGGAAUCAAUUCAAUAUUAAAUCCUAUGAACUCAUCACAAACAAGCAAUAUUGUUAAUACACAUGUGAACUCAUUGAUAGUGAAUAGAAGUUCUCCAAUACCAGAAUCAAAUCGUAUUCAGUCCCCCCACAUAAUAAGAACAGUAUCAAACUCUCCAGGUUUUCAGAAUGCAAGGAAUUCACCAGUUCCAUCGCCAAAUUCAAAUCCAGCCAUUUCUGCAAGUUCGCAGCAUGCAAUCAAACCAGACAAUAGUGCUAUUAUUCAAAAUGUUGCAAUAUCAGGAGAUCAUAAACCUUUAAUGUCACAAGGAAAUUGUAUUCAAGUAUCAUCUAGUCAACAAAUUCCAGGUGGACAAAAUUUGUGUGUUAAACAAGAACCAGCAAUAAGCUCACAGUAUAUAGUCAAAACCGAAAAUAUGCCUGUAUCAAGUGUGAAAAAUGAACCAAGGACAGCAGCUAUACAAGCAGUGACAGGACUUCAAAAUAGCGUAUAUACAUCAGGAAAUCAUAUUACACAUGCAACCAAUGUUCAUAUUGUAAAUGCUCCAAUCAAAGGCCAUUCGGGUGUUAUUACGGUGAAAACAGGUCAGCAACAUGUAGUUAUGCGACCACAAAUCGUACAAAAUUCAGGACAAAUGCAAGUUGUUAAUGUUAGUGCUCAUUCAAAUAGACCACCUGGUAUUAUACAGGUACCUCAUGGAAAACACCAACCAGUCCGUAUAGCUACACCAGCUCGUCACUCUCAAAUAAACAUUGCUCCAAGACCUGGUGGUGCUCCUAAUACAAUUACAUUACCACCUGGUGUGCAAAUUCCUCCUGGGACAGUACUGAUGAGAAAUGAACAAGGUCAGCUGAUGUUUGUCCCUGCUUUACAUGCAUCUCAGCAACCUACUACACAAGGCCAAAGAAUACAGUAUGUCAGGCCACCUGUAAGUUCACAUCAGCAGCGCCCUCCAAAUUCACAGAUUGUAACUAUUCAACCACAACAAGCACAACCUCAGAGGGUAGUACGACCAAAUACUCAACCAUCAGUUACAUCAGCAGUUCCUACAGUUGUAUCUCAACCACCAAGUCAAGGUUCAUUACCAGGUCAUCAUCAACAACCAUUAGAUAAUGUGAAAAAAUGUAAAAACUUCUUGUCAACUUUGAUCAAACUAGCAGCAAGUCAACCAGAGCAAACUGUGAAGAAUGUCAGAGAACUUAUCCAAGGACUUAUAGACAAUAAAGUUGAACCAGAACAAUUUACUGAAAGGUUACAGAAAGAACUCAAAUCAUCACCUCAACCCUAUUUAGUGCCAUUUCUCAAGAAAAGUUUACCACAUUUACGGCAGUCCUUGCUAGAAAAUAAAAUGCAUAUAGAAGGAGUAAAAGCACCUCCAAUAGAGGUUAUGAAAGGCACAGCAUUCGGUAGUUCAAAUAUACAACCACAUCCAAGCCACAUAAGGUUGCAGCAGCAGCCAAUGGAUGGAUUACAACAUAUUAGACCUAACCAAGUAAGAAUGCAACAGAGACCAGUUAUUCCAAAGACAGUUAUGACAGCAGGACACCCAGUGGCAAGUCCGUCGGCCAGUAGACCCCAUAGUGCUAAACAAAAAUAUGAAUCAUUGAAGGAUGAUGACGAUAUAAAUGAUGUAGCUACUAUGGGUGGUGUAAACCUGACAGAAGAGAGUAGAAAUAUAUUAGCCAGUAAUUCAGAGUUUAUUGGUACACACAUCAGGUCCUGUUCUGAUGAAGCCUUUUUACACCACUCAGCUUUACAGAAGAGAGUUUCUUGUAUAGCAAGGAAGCAUGGUUUAGAUGUAACUAAUGAUGUUCUUAACCUUGUAUCUCAUGCUACACAAGAACGAUUACGUGACUUAGUAGAAAAAUUAGCAACAAUAGCAGAACAUAGAAUAGAAAUUUAUAAAAUGAAUGAAAAAUUUGAACCUAGUUCUGAUGUAAAAUCACAAUUAAAAUUUAUAGAAGAAUUAGAUAAAAUAGAGAAAAAGAGACAUGAAGAACAAGAAUGGGAGAAAAUUAUGAAGGCAGCAAAAAGUCGUUCAAAGAAUGAAGAUCCAGAGCAGCAAAAAAUAAAACAAAAAGCCAGAGAGUUACAACAAGCAGAAAAUGACAGAAUGCGACAAAAAGAAGCCAAUUUAACAGCAUUAGCAGCAAUUGGGCCCCGAAAGAAACGGAAAACAGAUGCCAUGGAAGCUCAGUCUGCAGCUGGUAGUAUGAAUCUCCAAAAUGGUCCACAGUCAUCAUCCAGAGCUACAUUGUCACGGCCAAGAAUAAAACGUGUGACUCUCAGGGAUCUGUUGUUUUUAAUGGAAGAAGAACGAACUUUGGGUAGAUCAGACAUUUUGUAUAAAACAUUUCUAAAAUGACAAUAAUAGUGCAUACCAUUAUAAACUGAUAUGUAAGUUCAGGCAGCUAAUGUUAAAGAAUGCAUCAGUGGUCCGACCAGGAACCAGAGUAUUGGCAGGCCAAAGUAACAGGUGAUGGUGCCUUACAGAGAAGUGCUAGAAAUGCAGGAGUACAUAUUCUGGAAGUCAGUCUAGCAGUCCACAACAAGUCGGUAUAUGAUUGGAUGAUACUGUUGAUGUAAAGUGUUCAAUUAUAUAUUUUCACUGUCAGAAGAUUUAUUCUGAAUUUAUUAAAAGAUUCCUCUGUGAAUGUAAAUUGUUUUUGAAAUGAUUUGUAAAUGGAAGACCAUGUUCUGUUGAGGGUGACAAUUUUACAAAGUUUAUGUAGUAGAUAUAUAUAUAUAGAUUUAACAGUUACUUGUAUGAAUUGAAACUAAAGAAUAAUGGUAAGGCUGGGUGGAAAUGUUUUAAAUGGUUACAUUAUAGAAUGAUGUAAUACUGCUUUCAAACAUGCAGAUUUUCGGAAUUACAAGAAAUAUAAGAUUUAAUGUAAAGUGACCUCGUUUUUCUGUAUAACAAGACCAAAAGUGAUUUUCCCAAAACAUCGAAAUCUUUAAAAUUAUUGUUCAAAUUUACGUUUAAGUGUUAAAUUUUAUAAAACAAAUAAAAGUACAAAACUGACUGGAGUAAUAUAAAACUUUACUUUAAAAGAAAGGUAUUUUGUAUAAGAAAAUAAGGGGGUAUCUUGUUCAUCUCUGCAAAAAUUAUUUAUCAGUAUGAUCUGCCAUUUCCUGUAUUGACAAACAAGAUCUCAGUAAUGUGUAAAUCUGCUGCUAUUGUGCAAUGUGAAUCAAGUAAGAGAGGUUAUAAGUGUAUUUUAUGUUUUUUUUUCAAUCAUGUAAUAGCUUUAAUUCAAGCAAUUCAUUUAGGUUUUGUACAGCCAGUUACUUAACUUUUACCUAUUUAGUGCUGUUUUAUUGUAUGUUAGUAAAAUUGUUUUGUAAAAAUUAUGGAUUUGAUACUUCUGGUGAAUAACUUUUGCUUAUUAUUCAAAAUAUAACAGUCAUGGCCAAAAGGAUAACCUGUCCAUGGAUGUUUU